UAACGGACACUGGCAGUGAUCCCGGCUCGAACGAAAGGUCUCCUCGGCUCGGUACCAACGGCUCUCGAUGUGAUUCCAAGUGGGCUCGGGUCCCCACGGCGCGCUCAAUCGUCCGCGUUAAGCGGCCGGUUCCCCGAGCUGCCAGCUCGUCGUCGGUGCCGCCGUCGCCGCCACCGCCGCGUCCGCCCCCGGGUGGGCUGCCACGGGCGUGCCUUCUCCGCUCCGCGAGACAUCCGGCUCCCUCGUUCGGCCUAGGGGGGACGGAGUUAGCGCGCAGCGGCGCUCCGCUCGGUUUUUGAAUGCACACGCACCCGUAACCGGCCGUAACUGUCAACGCUCUUCCCGGAGCCGCGUUUCGGCCCGAGUCGAGCCUCCGAGAGUCUCACGGGCGUAUCCGAGAUUCGCGAGUGCCAAUCGUAUGUCGUGCCCCGUGCCGAUCUACUAAAUGACCAUGGACCACGGCGUGUGCAACAUCGAGACGGGCACCAGCAUAAACAUCAAGAGGACCGACGGUCGCGUUCACUCGGCCAUCGUUUCCGGUGUCAAUUGGGAGCAACGCAGCGUCACUGUAGAAUGGUUCGAAAAGGGCGAGACCAAGGGCAAGGAGGUGGAGAUCGACGCGAUCUUGGCUCUGAACCCGGAGCUGGCCCCGAAGACGAUGGGACCACCGCCUCAGAUGAACAACCACAUGCUCUCCGCCUCCAGGGCAAGGAACUCCACCAGGCCCUCUAUCCCGGUCAAAGCUGGCUCCAACAGGCAGAUUGCGAGGCAAUCGGGACGCCCUACGCACAUCAUGCCCCCGGCGACGUCAGUUAACGGACACGGCGACUCCGUGUCGGGUCUGACCGGACGUCGGGAGGUGGAGAAUAUCCCGCCGACUCCGACGACACCGGCACUGACCGCGGCUUCCUCGUUGAGCAAGCAGAAACAGCAGCAGCAGCAACAAUUACUGCAGCAGCAACAACAACAGCAACAGCAGUUGCAGCUGCAACACCAGCAGACGACGCAGGUGGAGAACGGCAGAGGUAGGCGGUCCAACGUCGUCAAAGAAGUCGAGAGAUUGAAGAAGAACAGGGAGGAAAGGAGACAGCGACAGGCGGAGCUCAAGGAAGAGAAGGAAGCCCUGAUGAAUCUGGACCCUGGAAACCCGAACUGGGAAUUCCUCGCCAUGAUUAGAGAUUAUCAGAAUAGCAUAGAGUUCAGGCCCCUACGCGAAACCGACGCCGUGGAGGAUCAUCAGAUCACGGUCUGCGUGCGGAAGCGGCCUCUUAACCGGAAGGAGGUUGCCCGGAAGGAGGUCGAUGUGAUAAGCGUACCCAGUAAGGAUCAAAUGGUGGUCCACGAGCCGAAGGCCAAGGUCGACUUGACCAAGUAUCUGGACAACCAGCAUUUCCGAUUCGACUACGCAUUCGACGAGACCUGCAACAACGAGAUCGUUUACAAGUACACGGCCAAACCGCUCGUACAGACCAUCUUCGAGGGCGGAAUGGCCACGUGUUUCGCUUACGGCCAAACCGGAAGCGGGAAGACUCACACCAUGGGUGGCGACUUCAACGGCAAGACCCAGGACUGCAAGAAGGGUAUCUACGCCAUGGUGGCUAAAGAUGUCUUCAAGUGUCUCAAAUCUCCCAAAUUCCGACCCCUCAACCUGGUCAUCUCCGCCAGCUUCUUCGAGAUCUACUCCGGCAAGGUCUUCGACUUGCUCGCCGACAAGGAGAAGCUCAGAGUGUUAGAGGAUGGCAAACAGCAGGUGCAAAUCGUUGGGUUGACCGAGAAGGUCGUCGAGACUUGCGACGAGGUACUGAAGCUCAUUCAACAUGGCAAUAGCGCCAGGACCAGCGGCCAGACCAGCGCCAACUCCAACUCCUCGAGGUCGCAUGCCGUCUUUCAGAUCAUCGCACGGACUCCAGGAACCCACAAGGUUCACGGGAAAUUUUCGUUGAUCGAUCUUGCUGGAAACGAGCGUGGCGCCGACACCUCCUCGGCCAACAGACAGACUCGCAUGGAAGGUGCGGAGAUCAACAAGUCGCUUUUGGCCUUGAAGGAAUGCAUUCGCGCAUUAGGGCGCAAAGGGACGCAUUUGCCAUUUAGAGCUAGCAAAUUAACGCAAGUCCUUAGGGACAGUUUCAUCGGCGAAAAGUCAAAGACUUGCAUGAUCGCCAUGAUCAGUCCUGGGAUGAGUUCCUGUGAACAUUCUUUAAACACUCUGCGAUAUGCCGAUCGCGUUAAAGAAUUAGCGGCGACCGAUCCAACGGAGCUCAAAGCGUCGCCGUCGGACGACGAGAGGAGCAUGAAAAUAGAAGACCAGGCGAACAAUAGUGUACUAUCCGACAGCGAUUUAGCACAACUUAGGUCUCUGAACGAAGGAGAGCUGUCGCAAGACUUGUACACGUUCCACGAGGCAGUUUCUGCGCUGCAAAUGCUAGAGGAAGAGGUCCUGGACACACAUAAAGUGGUUAUGGAUACUACGACCAGAUUCCUAAAUGACGCCCACAGUGUGUUUAGUGCGACACACGAGGUGGACUACGACCAAGAGGAUUUGAGACGGAAAAGAACAAAGUUUAAGUCGUCCUUCCUAAGGAGGUUCUCGUUAUGCAGACGUCUCAAAGAGAGAAAGCAAUUUUCCGACGCCUAUGCCCAGAAGUGGGAGCAAUUGCUGACGCACCAGAGAGACACCUUGAACGCUGCCCUGGACCAAGUCAGCCAGUUCCGAAGUCAGUUGCUCCAGGAGGAGCAGAUCAGCCAGAAGAUGACGCGUUCGAGAAACUUGCGAUACAACUAGGCAGGAUAUAACCGGCGACGAACGAAUAUCUCGAGAUACGAUACACGCAGCCAACCGUUGGGAGAAUGCCCUCGGUCGAGUCGCCACGCUCCUCGGGGAUGCCUCCGAAGGAUCUCGAAUUCCCCUAAGAAAUUCGGACGCCCCCUCGCUUUUCUCUUAAUUCAUCCUCAUGUCUUUAUUUUUUUCCUGUCCCCCCUUAUAUACCCUCGUGUCCCGAUGCACCUUUCGCGCACGCGAAAGACGAAAGGAGGAAGGAGUCGAGGUGCCGAGGAACAAACGCGAAUCUUCGGUGUCGAAUAUACUCGAGACUUUUGGGAGUCUAACUUACCUGGUUCUUUAUCGGUCGUAGCCACCUUCUCAAUCGUUCCUUAAUCGUUUCGAUCCGAUCACGAAGUGGGACGGAACGAACGGUAGAAUAUUUCGGAGUAAACUCGAAUUUCCUGUACCGGAUAUCGAGAGCUUUGGAAAAGGAGCUUCGUUUGUUUUUUUCCUUACUCGGCCUUUUAUCGUUCCUUCCUUUUUCGUCCUUUCUACCUCUCCGCCCUUCCCGAGCAUUUCGACGACUUGGGAAGGGAGAACCGGACGUUGAGUACCAAAGUCUAAUACUUCGCUUGAAAAUCUCUGCCUUUAUUCUUGUUGGGCUUUCGAGUGACAAUGGGAAAUAGAGGAAGAUUUCUGAUUCUUGGCACGCGCAAUGACACUGUCUCCCGUAACGACGUAAGUAGUCCUAUCGUUAGAACACCAUGUCGGAAGUGAAAUGUGAAAUUGUUGAUGUAACGAUAAAACGAGCAUGAGAAAACGAUAUUCGUGCGCCGACCACCAGGAAGUCCUUUGUUUGCACGAAUUAGAAUGCGAUCUGUGUGCUCGUCGUAAAGUAUUAGUACUAACUCCGGACGAAAAAAGAUCAGAAGUCAUCCUCGCGUGUCGAGAUAACUUAGGAAUAUCCCAACCACUGAAACGUUCAAGUUUUAUUCCUCUUGUCGCAAUAAUCAAGUCUUCAUUGUUCGUAUCAGACUAUUUUUAUUUAAAACUUAUUUUAUCCAAAUCUUUAACGCCUUGUUGGAAUACCAGUCUCAGACAUUUAAAUUUGAUUUCUCCCCUUGAUGUGUUAUGUCCGCUAUAAAUACUGCGUAUUACUUACCUUUGCUCACUUAGUUUACUUAUUAAAUUGUGUUGAUUGUACCGCGUCGUAGCAACGGCAAUAAGAAAUAAAGUAGUCGAAGUUCCGAUUUCGUACACCGGAGAUUUUCGUCUCGCAGAUCUUCCGUUUUCUUUUCUCUUUUUUUUUUCUCAAAUUAGAGGGGAAAAGUGUCUGUAAAAAGAUGUAUUAAUUAACGAGGAAACCAACGGAUCGCAGUGAGUUGAAUAUUCAGAAACGUCGAAGUCAACCGAGACGCUACACCGAAGAAUGUCCUAACGAGAACGAAACUGUGUUGUAUCGCUAAAUUCUCAUUGUCGCAAGCAGAAAAGCAGUGCUAAUGGAAGAAGUCCAUGUGUUUCAACUACUUUAUUACUAUAAUACUCGAGAAUAAAAAUCAUAAAAGUGUUUUGUUUUUCAUUAGAUGAAACGCGGGACGUUUGAGGUAUAAAUUGAUAUCCACUUGCCUGGAAGAUAUGGUAAAAUACGGUGUUACUCGUUGCCGCUUUUAAAACACUUGACAUACCGAAAAUAUUUUAACGACUUACAUCUUAAGUAUGAAUGCAGAUAUAACUGUGGAAAGUGAUCGAUAACACAUACGAACAUGGAUUCCAAAAACCGUUUUCGUAAAGUUUCGUACCCGUCAAAAAGAUGAUGUUCCAAUUGAUGAGGUCGCGUUCCUAGCGCAGAAUUGUUUUUUAAUUCUUUGACCGCGAAUGGGCGUGUACAUAUACGCCCAACAUUUGAUCCAGAAUAGCCUGCACGCGAUCACGAAUUUCGACCAUACGUCGAAAGGGCUUUACAGUCAAAGGGUUAAGGAAGAGAUCCUUUUUUUGCGUCGCCUAAUAAACUAUUGGAAUCGGAGUCGUAUCGAAGUCCUUCCACAAAUGAAGUAUGCAAUUAGAAAUUCCUUCACGUUGAUACGUCGGGAACAUGCCCCUUACAGACCUUUCUCGUCUGAAUUAAAUUGCUUAUCUUUACUAUGUAAAACCAAUGGAACCAUACGAAGGCCGGCCGUUGGGGGCAAUCGAAAAAAAAAACAACUGAAAUCGAGUACUCGGUUUUAGGAAGGUCCGCAUAGUCCGACUAACUUAUUUCUAGUGAGCGAAUAUUGUAAUAAACCAAAUAAUGACUGAUUUCAAAAGUAACACUUAGCUGUAAUUUAAGACGGUAAAUUUAAUUACGGUAAUAUUAUAAUCCUCGUCCAGAUACACCGAUGGCCCAAUAAUAGUUUAGUUUUCGCACUGACAUGUA